CAAACAUAUUUACUGCAAAUGAUUCUCAACUCCAACUACUGUCCUCCACUGGCAAAGGCCCCCCAGCCCCUCCUCUUGUCAUUUCUUGUCUUUUCCACCCCUUCUAUCCUCUAAUUCUUUCGCACAUCUCUCAAAAUCCCCACUCCUUUUCAUGAAAAAUCAAAAAACCCAUCAAAAAGCACUCCCUUUUCCCUCUCUUUAACAAACCCAUUUCAGAUUCUCAUUAGGGUUUCCCGUUUCAAUUCAUAUGUAAUGCAAUCCACCUCCAAACUCUGAUUCCUCUCAGCUCCUCACGAAAAUGGCAGCAAUGGGUAGAAUUCUGCUCGUUUUCUCACUUGCUCUUUUACUUUUACUCUCUGUUAAUGUUGGCGUAUCUGCUGCUCCAGCUACUUCACCUGCUAGGAUUGUUAAUGGGGUUUUCUCAAAUGUUGCUUCUGCUUUGAUGAAAUGGGCGUGGUCGCUCAAAACACCUGCCAAAACAUCGAUUACUGGGCGACCAUUGAUGAAAUUUGAGAGUGGUUAUAACGUCGAGACAGUUUUCGAUGGAAGUAAGCUUGGGAUCGAACCUCAUGCUCUCGAGGUUUUACCUAAUGGAGAGCUUCUUGUUCUCGAUUCUGCUAAUAGCAAUCUAUACAAGAUCUCUUCAUCUUUAUCCCUCUACAGUAGACCAAAGUUAGUAGCUGGAUCAGCUGAUGGGUAUUCAGGCCAUGUCGAUGGGAAGCUUCGAGAAGCUAAAAUGAAUCACCCAAAAGGCCUUACAGUUGAUGACAAAGGAAACAUAUACAUUGCCGACACUGCCAACAUGGCAAUUAGAAAGAUUAGUGAUACAGGAGUGACAACAAUUGCAGGAGGGGGGAAAGUGGGCCGGGGUGGAGGACAUGUAGACGGACCGAGUGAAGAUGCAAAAUUUUCUAAUGAUUUUGAUGUUCUUUACAUUGGAAGCAGUUGUUCACUUCUUGUUAUAGAUAGAGGAAACCAAGCUAUUCGUGAGAUUCAACUUCCGUUUGAUGAUUGUGCUUAUCAAUAUGGAAGCGGUUUCCCUCUUGGGAUUGCAGUUUUGGUGGCAGCAGGUUUCUUUGGUUACAUGCUUGCAUUGUUGCAAAAAAGAGUUGGUAGCAUGAUUUCUUCCCAACAAGAUGAACCGCAACCUACAAUGAAGCAAACCACCGUUCCACCGCCACCAUACCAAAAACCGCCGCUAAGGCCGCCACUAAUUCCGGUGGACAACGAGCCGGAAAAACCCGAAGAGGGUUUUUUCGGAUCAUUCGCAAAACUCAUAUCCAACUCCACCUCAUCAUUAUCCGAAAUCUUGACCGGACUUUUCCCGGGCUUAAAGAAAAAACAAGUCAACCAUAAUUACCAAAGUCAACACCACCACAAAUACGGGUCAAACCCAUGGCCCGUUCAAGAUAGCUAUAUAAUCCCAGACGGUGACGACCCACCGCCUCCUUCCAUCGAGACCCGUACCCCCACCCCGAAAAAAACUUACCCUUUUAUGACAAACGAUGCGGAAAAAAUCCAACAUUUUCGUCAAAGUAGUCGCCAUUUUUACACUGGUUGGGACCAAAAUUUACAACAACAACAACAGCAGUAUCAACAACAACAACAACAACAACAACAACAACAACAACAGUAUCACAACCGUUAUUAUGUGUCAACGCCGGAGACUUACUACGAACAAAGCGCGGAAAAAACCGAUGAGAUUGUAUUUGGAGCGGUUCAAGAACGAGCGGAGUCGAUGGUGAUAAAGCCGUUGGAUCAUGGGAAUUCGGUUUAUGAUCAUCGUGGAAAGAUGAGGUCACGUUCGCGUGGAUUUACUCGAGGGGAUUGA